GACGCGAAGCAGUCGAUUUCUGAGGAAGCGAUUGAGUGUGGUGUGCGGCUGUCUGGAGGUGGUGCGGGGUGUUGCAGUUCGCCCUCUAGUUAACGUAAUCAAUUAACCGACUCGACACGCACUUAACCUGGCUGCUGCGAGCUAUCGCAGCCCGCACCGUUCAAGCUGGCGCGCGAGACCAAGUACGACAUGAAUGGCUUCCAAAACGAAGGUGACGAAGAGCGCCGAAGUAUUGUAGUCGACGGCCCAUCGAAACCCCCCAAACCUCCGGUCACCCGGCUGUUAAUAUGCACCACGGUUCUAUCGGCAGUCGGGGGUUUCCUAUUUGGCUACGACACGGGUGUAGUGUCGGGUGCCAUGAUACAGCUGAGGAGCCACUUCCAGCUCAACUACCUGUGGCAGGAGCUCGUGGUUUCGGUCACCAUCGCGGGAGCCUGGGCGUUCGCUAUCGUCGCUGGCAUGGCGACCGACACUUUCGGACGCAAGCCCGUCAUACUCGUAGCUAGCUUCGUGUUUACGGUCGGUGCCGUACUCAUGGGACUAGCCUUCAACAAGGGAAUGCUUCUGGGAGGACGCCUCAUCGUGGGCGCGGGCAUCGGCCUGGCUUCCAUGACCGUGCCGGUCUACAUAGCCGAGGUGUCGCCGGCCGAGCUGCGAGGAUUCCUGGUCACGAUCAACCAGGUUUUCAUCACCGGAGGGCAGUUCAUCGCCAGUGUGGCUGACGGCCUGUUCAGCAGUGACACUGAAAACGGCUGGCGCUACAUGCUGGCCCUGGCGGGCGUGCCUUCGCUGAUCCAGUUACUGGGUUUCCUGGGCAUGCCCGAGAGCCCCCGUUGGCUUGCUAGUAAGGGCGCUUAUCAGGAAGCCAUCGAGGUGCUGCGGCGCUUCCGUGGCCCCAAUGCCAACAUUGAGCCCGAGUUCGAAGCCCUCAAGUCCACCUGCAUCGACAAUGAUCAAGACGAGGAACACUCUGGGCCCGUGCUGAUUCAGGUGUUGCGAAACGGCCCGCUUCGCCUGGCGCUCAUCGUGGGAUGUGCUCUGAUGACUUUUCAGCAGAUUGCAGGCAUUAAUACUGUCAUGUAUUAUGGCGCUACAAUCAUACAAAUGUCGGGAGUGCACGACGCGUCCAAGGCGAUCUGGCUGGCUGCGGCAACGUCCUUUGUCAACUUUGCCUGCUCCUUCAUCGGCAUGGGCCUUGUCGAGAGGAUUGGCCGUCGUCUCCUCACCCUGCUCAGCCUUGCAGGUGUGAUUGCAAGCCUUUCGGUGCUUGCAGUAGGCUUUCAGCUUGCCGACAUGGAGUCUCCUGCUGUGGAACCCAGCGUAGUCCCGUCAUCCGGGAUUUGUGGCAAUUUCAGCACCUGCGCGUCCUGUACGGGAGUCUCCGGCUGCGGUUACUGUUACAUUCCGGAGGCUCCGACCGGCAACUCCACCUGCUUGCCAGCGAACCCCAACAACCUGGAUGUCUCGCUGAUCGGCAGUUGCCAACAGCCAACAGCAACCCCCUUCGUGUGGGCCUACAACUGGUGCCCGAGCCGCUAUUCCUGGAUGACCAUUUUGGGCCUGCUCCUCUACCUGUUCUUCUUUGCUCCCGGUCUGGGAGCCAUGCCGUGGACCAUCAACUCCGAGAUAUACCCGCUGUGGGCGCGGUCGACCUGUUUCUCGCUGGCUACUUCCUUCAACUGGGCCUUCAACCUCCUGGUCUCCAUGACGUUUCUCACCCUGACUGAAGCGAUCACAAAAUACGGCACUUUCUGGCUGUACGCCGGCCUCUCGUUGCUCGGCUGGCUCUUCUUCUUCCUCUUUCUUCCGGAGACGAAGGGCAAGUCCUUGGAAGAAGUCAGCGACCUUUUCGCGCACCCCUGGUGGAGCGACUCGACGACGCGCGACAACAAGAAGACUGUGCAAUAUGUCCACAUUCGCGGCAUCAACCAGGCAUACACCACUGAUGACGGAGACUCCGGAGAGGAGGACCGCUAGGAGACUAGCGCCAACUGCUAAGC